CCGAGCUGCCGCUGAUGCCUAACGACAAGAUGGCUGUUGGUGGCAAGUUGGAACCAGUAGCCACCAGCACAGCGGCGUCUUACAUGUACAAAGGAGGAUAGCUGGAGACGAAGGUUCCCGCUUUCAUACUGCUGGGAUAUUAUUAGACUGAUAUAUGGACAGCAAUGGGGUCUCAGACCCUCCAAAUCUUGAGACAGGGAGUCUGGGCUUCCAUCACUGGCGGAUGGUAUUAUGAUCCUCAUCAAAACACAUUUGUGAAUGCUUUCCAUCUCUAUAUCUGGCUCUUCUUCCUUUGUUUCCCAUUUACACUGUACAUGGCCCUUCCUUCAAGCAUGAUCAUUGUUGGAAGCUACAGUGCUGUCAUAGCAGCUGUAUUUAUUGUACUUAAAGCAGUGAACUAUCGGUUACACCGCGCCCUGGAUGAAGGGGAGAUAGUGCAUCAGAACAACAGUGAGGUAACUGAAAGACAUACAAAAACUGAACAGCAAGAUGGCCCCUCCAGAAGAAAUAAUAGCAGUGGACCAGGCGACCCUGGAGGUGGAAUAGAAAUGACUGAAUUUGUACGGGAAGCAACUCCUCCAGUUGGUUGCAGUUCACGAAAUUCCUACGCUGGUCUGGACAGCAGCCACCAGGCUGCAUCUCCUCAUCCUGGAACAGCAGCAGAUAUAAAAGGAGAUGAAGAAACAGGAAAAACUUCUGAUGAUAUUAGUUUGAGUCUGGGCCAGAGCAGCAGUUUGUAUAAAGAUGCAAAUGAAGAACAAGACCUGGCACAAGAUUCUAAGCUUUUCCAAGUCGUGGUGUCAAAUGAUUCCUUGAUGUCUAACCAGGUUUUAACACCUACGGGAACUCAAGACUUUCCAAGGGAUUCGAGUGACAAAGUGACCCACCAUCACACAGAGCAUUCAUUGUCUGCUGCUUGUGACACAGAAGCAGCCUCCCUUGUGCCUUUGCAUUCCCAAUCAUACAGGAAAGAUCACAGGCCGAGGGGAGUGCCAAGGACUUCAAGUUCAGCAAUUGCUUUUCCAGACACAUCACUUAGUGAUUUUGCCCUUUUUCAACAAAGGAGAGGCUUAGAUACAGUCUGUGAAUUGGAAAGUUCAAAACCUAUUUCAGGAUCCAAGGAGUCUUUGACUGAAAACUCUUGUUAUGCUGGUGUUUUUCAGCUAGAUGACUUACUCAAGGGUGGUACUUCCCAGCCAUUCUCCAAAUCAGGAUACAGUAAGCCUUUAAAAACUGAUAAUAGUGUUGAUAGUCUCCAGAGUCUUAGUACCAGGAGCAGUGGAUCAACAGAGAGCUACUGCAGUGGCACAGAUCGAGAUACGAACAGCACCGUUAGCAGUUACAAGAGCGAGCAAACAAGCUCGACCCAUGUGGAGAGCAUUCUUUCAGAGCAAGCAGAAACUUCAGCAGAUGAGAACAGCUCGGAGAAAAAAGAUUGCGAGAAAAGUGAUGCUCGCAGCGGCUAUAGUAGUGAACCAGAAGGCGAGAGUAUUGCGGAAAGUAGUGAAAGGACUAAUGGUAAAAGGAAAAAAUUGCAUACAGAAAAUAAAGAGGGAAGUUCCAGGCAAGAGCCUUGCCAGGCUUCCAAUCAGUUGCAGAUUGCUGAUCCAGUGCAGACUGGAGAAAGACUUGGUGGUUCUGGUUCUGGUGAUGCUAACAAAAAUCCUCAUGCGAAUGAAUUGACUGUUGACAUCUUGAAGCAGCAAAGUGAAUUACUUCCUGAGGCCGUGGUGGAACCGGCAGUAGAAGAAGUUGUCGAAAAAUCUCACUUACCAAUGGAUAAACAAACAUUAAAGGAUGAAGCAGCAAAGCAAAAGGAUGGGGAUGUAAGACCCAAAUCUAAUUUUAUCCACAGAGCUGCCUCUACACACAAGUCAAACCGAAGAAGGUCAGGGAAAAAACGAGCAAGUAGUUUUGACUCUAGCCGGCAUAGAGAGUAUGUGUCAUUUCGUGGUGUAGCUGGUAUUAAAACCGGCAGUAACAGUUUUUGCCCGGAUGAAGAUUCAAGUGACCAGAGUGACUUGAGCAGAACCUCCAGCAUGCAUUCGGCACAUCGUUUCAGUUCAGACAGUUCAUCCAGCACCACUUCCCAUUCAUGUCACUCUCCUGAAGGACGGUACCAUGUCUCAAAAGCAAAGUACUUGUCUCAAGAAAGAGGCACUGACUUUGAAGCUAUGUUAAAGGUCCCUUCUGGUUCAGAAACUAGUGCGAAUGCUAGGAGAAGAUCGACACACAGGACUCUCAGUGCAGCCAGUGCCAAAACUCAUGCACGAGUGCUCAGCUUAGACAGUGGCACAGCAGCCUGCUUAAGUGACCCUAACAGAUUAGGGACACCAGAUAAAGUGAGGCCUUUAACUACAUCUAAGUCAGACUUGGAAGCCAAGGAGGGAGAGGUGUUGGAUGAAUUAUCUCUUAUAGGCAGAGCAUCACAACUGGAAUCAGUAACUCGCUCACGUAAUAGCUUACCCAAUCAAGUAACCUUUCCUGAAGCUGAAGAACAAGGAGCGACUAGUACAGCCCAAGCGACUGAUGAGAUGGUUACUUUUCGUCGUGAGCGCAGCACGUUCAGGCGCCAAGCCGUACGUCGGCGGCAUAAUGCGGGCAGUAACCCCACCCCUCCAGCCUCACUUAUUGGAUCACCUCUCAGCCUUCAAGAUAGUCAGCAGGGUCAGUCUUCUACGUCCCAGAUCAAAAUACAGUCUUGUCCCCCAUCACAAGCUGCUGUACUUAGUGCUAGCGCCUCUCUACUGGUCAGAAAUGGAAGUGUCCACUUGGAAGCAUCACAUGACAGUGCCUCUGCUGUUGGUGGCUGCAGUUUACAGGAUGAGUUUGGCAAAUUGUAUGAAACAGGGGGAUGUGACAUGUCGCUUGUAAACUUUGAAACUGCUGCAAGAAGGACAUCAAACAACUUAUGGGACACAGAUUCCCAUCUGUCAAGUUCUACCUCAGUUAGAUUUUAUCCACAUGAUCUAUUGUCUCUUCCACAGAUUCGACUGAAUAGGCUGUUAACAAUUGAUCCUGAUCUCCUGGAACAGCAAGACACUGACCUUAGCCCAGAUCUACAGGAUCACCCACAACCACAGGAGGAGGCCCAGAAAAUCAAGCACUACUACCGGUUCUGGCUUCUUCCCAAGAUAUGGAUUGGUGUAAACUUUGACCGCCUGACCCUAUUGGCUUUAUUUGAUAGGAAUCGUGAAAUUAUGGAGAAUGUUUUGGCGAUUGUUUUGGCAAUUCUUGUUGCCUUCCUUGGAUCAGUUUUAUUAAUAGAUGGAUUCUUUAAAGACAUUUGGGUCUUCCAGUUUUGCCUGGUUAUUGCCAGCUGUCAGUAUUCACUUCUGAAGAGUGUGCAGCCUGAUUCUUCCUCUCCAAGACAUGGUCAUAAUCGGAUUAUAGCCUACAGUAGGCCUGUCUAUUUCUGUGUAUGCUGUGGCCUGAUCUGGCUGUUGGAUUAUGGGAAUAAACAUACAUCAGGAACAAGAUUUAAGUUGUAUGGAGUUGCUUUUACCAGUCCUUUACUCUUGGCUUCUGCCAGGGAUCUUGUCAUGGCUUUUACUCUAUGUUUUCCAGUGAUAUUCUUCAUUGGCUUGCUUCCACAAGUAAAUACAUUUGUGAUGUAUCUUUGUGAACAAUUCGAUAUUCAUGUGUUUGGUGGAAAUGCUACCACAAAUCUUCUUGCAUCACUCUUCAGUUUCAUUCGUAGUGUCUUGGCCAUAGCUUUGCUAUAUGGACUGUGUUAUGGUGCGCUGAGGGAUUCUUGGGAUGCACAACACAUUCCAGUUCUUUUCUCUGUCUUUUGUGGCCUGUUGGUUGCUGUUUCCUAUCAUUUAAGCAGACAAAGCAGUGACCCCUGUGUACUGAUAUCUUUAGUGAGGUCAAAUAUUUUUCCAAAUACUGAUGAAAAGAAUCCUGAAGACCCUCUGGCAGAUGUAAAAGAUCCCCUACCAGAAAAGCUGAAGCAGUCCGUUAAUGAACGUUUACAGUCAGAUCUAAUAGUUUGUGCAGUCAUUGCUGUGCUAUAUUUUGCAAUCCACGUCAGCACUGUCUUCAUUGCCCUACAGCCUGUCCUUAGCUAUGUGCUAUAUACCCUGGUAGGUACAGUGGGACUUCUAACCCAUUACCUACUACCCCAGCUCAGGAAGCAGCUCCCUUGGCAUUGUUUCUCUCAUCCAUUGCUGAAAACAAAGGAGUACUAUCAGUUUGAAGUGAGAAAUGCUGCUCAUGUUAUGUGGUUUGAAAAGAUGUAUGUAUGGCUGCUUUUUGUGGAAAAGAAUGUCAUUUACCCAUUGAUUGUCCUUAAUGAGCUGAGCAGCAGUGCAAAGACAAUAGCUAGUCCAAAGAAACUGGACGCAGAGUUUGGUGCUUUAAUGAUCACCAUCGCAGGGAUGAAAUUGCUUCGAUCUUCAUACAGUAGUCCUACUUACCAAUAUGUGACUGUUGCUUUCACUGUGCUAUUCUUCACCUUCGAUUACAAAGAUUUUUCAGAAACUCUGCUACUGGACCUCUUCUUCAUGUCUAUAUUAUUCAGUAAGUUAUGGGAACUUUUCUACAAAUUGAGAUUUGUCUACACAUAUAUUGCACCUUGGCAAAUCACAUGGGGAUCAGCAUUUCAUGCUUUUGCUCAGCCUUUCGCUGUGCCUCAUUCAGCUAUGUUAUUUGUUCAGGCGAUAGUGUCAGCUUUAUUCUCAACUCCUUUAAACCCAUUUCUUGGAAGUGCAAUAUUCAUUACUUCAUAUGUACGACCAGUCAAGUUCUGGGAAAGAGACUACAAUACAAAGCGGGUGGAUCAUUCAAAUACCAGGUUGGCAUCCCAGCUUGAUAGAAACCCAGGCUCAGAUGACAACAACCUGAAUUCUAUCUUUUAUGAGCAUUUGACAAGAUCUCUGCAGCACAGUCUCUGUGGGGACCUGAUGUUGGGACGCUGGGGCAAUUUCAAUACUGGGGAUUGCUUCAUUCUUGCUUCUGACUACCUCAAUGCAUUGGUUCACCUUAUAGAAAUUGGAAAUGGCCUGGUCACCUACCAGCUGCGGGGACUGGAGUUUAGAGGCACCUACUGUCAACAGAGGGAGGUGGAAGCAAUCACAGAAGGGGUUGAGGAAGAUGAGGGAUUCUGCUGUUGUGAGCCAGGUCACAUUCCUCACAUGUUGUCCUUUAAUGCUGCUUUCGGUCAGCGCUGGCUUGCUUGGGAAGUUCUGGUCACCAAGUAUGUGCUGGAGGGCUACAGCAUAACUGAUAAUAGUGCUGCUUCCAUGCUGCAGGUGUUUGAUCUGAGAAAAAUCCUUACAACUUACUAUGUUAAGAGUAUCUUAUUCUAUGUGACAAGUUCUCCCAAACUGGAGGACUGGCUUGCAAAUGAAACAAUGCAGGAUGGGCUUCGAGCAUGUGCGAGUCAUAAUUAUGUGGAUGUGGACCCCACCUUUAAUCCCAACAUCGACGAGGACUAUGAUCACAGACUGGCUGGUGUAUCAAGAGAGAGUUUCUGUGGGGUUUACCUAAAUUGGAUCCAGUACUGUUCUUCACGAAGAGAAAAGCCUUUGCCUUCAGAGAAAGACUCUCCAUUGGUGAUUCUGUGUUAUGGGCUCAGUGUACUGGGGAGGAGAGCUCUCGGGACAGCUUCUCAUCAUAUGUCCAGCAACCUUGAAUCUUUCUUGUAUGGUCUGCAUGCACUGUUCAAGGGAGAUUUCCGAAUAUCCUCUGUUCGGGAUGAGUGGAUAUUUGCUGAUAUGGAGUUGCUGAGAAAAGUGGUAGUUCCUGGAAUACGAAUGUCACUUAAGCUCCAUCAAGAUCAUUUCACGUCGCCUGAUGAAUAUGAUGAUCCAGCGGUACUGUUCGAUGCCAUUACAUCUCAUGAGCAGAACUUGGUCAUCGCUCAUGAAGGAGACCCAGCCUGGCGAAAUGCAGUGCUCUCGAACUCUCCCUCACUAUUGGCACUACGACAUGUUAUGGAUGAUGGGACCAAUGAAUAUAAAAUCAUCAUGUUGAACAAGCGAUAUCUCAGCUUUCGAGUCAUUAAGGUGAAUAAAGAAUGUGUCCGGGGAUUGUGGGCUGGCCAGCAGCAGGAACUGGUAUUCCUGCGAAACCGCAACCCAGAACGAGGAAGCAUCCAAAAUGCAAAGCAAGCCUUAAGAAACAUGAUAAACUCUUCAUGUGAUCAGCCAAUUGGUUACCCAAUUUAUGUUUCUCCACUCACAACCUCCUACAUCGACACACAUGAACAGCUGAAAACUAUCCUGGGGGGGCCCAUAAGUAUCACAAACAUAAAGAAUUUCAUUGUGUCUACAUGGCAUAGGCUAUGGAAAGGAUGUGGUGCUGGUUGUAACAGUGGUGGAAAUAUUGAGGAUUCUGAUGUGGGAGGAGUCUCCACUGCCAGUAAUAAUGUGACUGCUAAUGAGUCCCAAAGUAGUACUUCCCAUGGAGGCUCUGGACCAGUUGGAUAUGGAUCUGGAGCAGGUCUUCAGCCGCCAGUUACAUCUAACCCUCCCGUACUGGGGACUAGCCACAGCAGCCACUCAGUACAAUCCAGCCUUGUCAGACAUUCCCCCGCACGUGCCUCAGUUGCCAGCCAAUCUUCAUAUCGUUACAACAGUCGCCACUCUUCCUUACGGACGUCUGCCACUGGCCUGGUACCAUGCCGUCGUUCAUCCACAAGUCAGUUAUCAUUGCGAAAUCUGCCUAACUCAAUCCAGUCUCGACUGUCUAUGAUGAACCAGAUAGAACCAUCGAGUCAGAUGGGUGCUCUGAGUAUACAAUGCGGUCUGCCUUCCUCCAGUAGUUCCAGCCAGAGUAUUCCCAUCUGCAAGCGCAACACACUAGCAGGACUUCUGGGAACAGAAGGUGUCCCCAGUGUAGACGUUCAGUCCGGCAGCAACUCAAGUACAACGUUCAACACGCCUGCCAAAAAAGAUGGACCUAACUACAAAGUCCAGAUAAUCGAUACUGGUCAAAUCAUGGAAGCCAUCAAUAUAUCCAAGAGGAGAGAACUGCACUGGCCAGAUGAAGGAAUCAGAAUGCGAGCAGGUCGAAUCAGCUGGAAAGACUGGAAUCCUCGGGAGGGCAUGGAAGGCUAUGUGAUUCACCGUUGGGUGCCUUGCAGCAGAGAGCCUAGUAGCAGGUCCCAUAUAGACAAGACUAUCCUGCUCGUCCAGAUUGAAGACAAAUAUGUUCCUAUCAUUGAGACUGGGGUCCUAGAACUGGGAGCUGAAGUUUGAAAUACUUGCACGUGAUGGAGACCAGAGUAAAUCUCACCAUGCUGACCUGUGUUCCAAAUAUAUUUCUGCAACAGCUGGAGGUGGGAAAGAUGAUUCAUAACCUAAUUCCUUGCAGUCAAAAGCUUUGAAGGAUGUUGCUUUGUCACAUCUCAAAUGAAGUGAAAGGAAAACUGCAUUGAAGCAGAACUCUUGAUUCAAAAAUAUAAUUUGUCUUUUUUAAAUUAAACAUUUUAAAAAUUCUAUGCAUCUCAUAUGCUUUAAAGAACAUGUUAUAAGUUGUAAGUAGAUUUUAUUGAAUAUUUUGUUUGUAUUUAUUUAUUUGCCAAUACUGAGAAUGCCAUAGUUUCAUACAGUGCACGUUUAAACUCUUUAAAGAAGUUUUUUGAGGUUAUUGAUGGGUUAUACUUCUGUUGACCAUACAAAAGAACUAUCAUUUCACUACUAUCUCAUUCCUUCUGAGUCAUGACUGUGUUAAAGACAACUGCACUAAUUAACAACAAAUGCACUAAAUAUUCUGAGGUUACUCAGAGCUUUUUAUUUAUAUAAAUGCCAUUAUAUUUUAAAAUGCCUUUCAGGAUGAGAACUUUAAUCAUCGACUCAUGUCAUGCUACAAUCUCACCUCUUUUUUUUCUUUUGACUUGAAAUUUUUAUUUGUUUUCAAUAGAACCUGUAAACAGUUGUAUAAUUUUUUGAUAUUUAUUACUGUGAACUUUUUGCGUUAUAUAAUCUUUCGUUUCUGUGUAUUCAGGGAAAGAAAUUUUAAGAUAAAGUUAAGUGGGUUCAGCAGUAGUUUUGCUGGACUGAUUUGCAAAAUGACUGGAUACAGUUAACUGUUUCCUCGCAGGCCGUGCAAUUUAAACCCCUCCCCUCUGUAUCAAAGCAACAGCCACAACAAAACAUAUAUGAAAGGGGUUGGGUGCUUGUAUGUAUACACAAAACUUGUAAAUAAUGUAGUUGAUGUUUAAAUAAAGAUGACAGAAACAUAAGUGAUUUUUUUGAAGUGUACUGCAUCUGAAACUAAAUACAGUAUUGAAAUUAUGGUCAAUGAACGCAAUUUUAUAAUAAAGCAAUUCCUUCUUGAUGCAAGA